AUCUGUCAGUCAAAAUUUUUUCUUUGUUAAAAUUUUCAUGAUUGAUUAUCUGUAAUUCUUCAUUUACUAAUUUUCUUAUUUUAUUGAACUAAAUAAAAAAAAAGGAUUUUACUAUAUUCGACGGACUAGGUUUUACAGAAAUAUAUUAAAUUUUUAAUGCGACCAAUUAUCAAGCAGAUAUCAACACCAUGAGCAGUCGUUAUCACGACUACAACAAAGGGUCGUCUCGAUCCACGCGUGAUGAUUCUAGGGCGUAUAGCAGAGAAGAACGGUGGGAAGGACACGGAAAGAGGAGGUCGCGUUCACGCUCCCGAUCUCCAAGGAAGGAGUCACCGCCGUCUAGAAGCAGUAAAUAUUCAUCAGAACGAUCUAGAAGCCACGAAAAAGACCGAAGAUAUGAAGAUAAAAGAAUCGAAGAAAGUAAUUAUGACUGGGAGAACUCUGAUGAUGAAGUUCCAGCUCCACCACCUCCACCUCGCAUCACCAAGAUCUCCAUUGGUUUCACUAAACCCAAGGCUCCAAUUAAAAUGAACCUCAGCAAUCCAGCUAAAGUAGCUGCUGGUCCUGUCAAGGCAACUAUUGCAUCAGUGUUCAAUGAUGAUGAUGAUGAUGAUGAACCUGAGGAAAUGCCAGCUGAAGCUAGAAUGAGGAUGCGGAACAUUGGCCGUGAAACUCCCACAUCGGCCGGUCCAAACUCCUUUGGCAAGACCAAACAAGGCUUCUGUGAUGCCAAGAAAGUGUUUGAGAAGAACCUAAAACAAGCAUUGGAGACUGCAGAGAAGCCUCCCAUGCCCAAGUUUCCACAGACCAUAUAUAAAAUUAAAGGCCCUUGAUAGUCCAAUGAUAAGUGGUUUAAAACUAAAAAUUGAAUCGAUUAAGUCUAAUGUAGAAUAAAGUGUAGAAUAUUUUACUAAUAUUUACUCAACUCUGAUAAAUUUUAAUUUUGCCAUAAAAAAAUCUCAAUAAUAAUAUCAAUAUGUAACAUCUAUGCUUAAAUAUAUUUUUAAUACCACUUUUCAUGUUUGAGAUUGAUCAUAUACAAUCUAGAUGGAGUAGAAAAUGUAAUAUUUUUUACAAAAUAGUGUGUCAUUCUUAAAUGUGUAGUUGCAAGUUACACAACCUGGAUGAAGUGUAAAAUGUCAUAUCUCUUUUACAAAACAGCAUUGUUUAGUGUGUAGUUACAAAUAAUAACUGUAUAAUUUCGGUAUCUUUAUUCAUGCACACUAAACAUUUAAUUGUGAAGUCAACGUUAGACCAAUCUUUGCUCGCCGAUAUAGAUAUAUAUUUUUUUUUAAUUAAAUUUUUGUUGAGGCUUAGUACACCAAAGUGACUAUGCCAGCCUCAUAGGGAUUGUCUGAUAGUCAGUCUGUCAGUCCGUCAGGGACACCUGUACCCACACAUAUAGCCGUCUUGCAUUGUGACUGCCAGGUUGACCCAGUAUUAUAUAUUUAAUUCCAUACAAUUUACUUCUAUUCAUAUAGUCACAUGUUAUGGGACACUAUGGCUGUUGGAUGCUUUCGAUUCGCUUGGGAUGGGAUAUAUGAUAUAAACUGUUUUACAUAAUAAUAAAACAAUUGGAAACCAUUUGUUUAUAAACAAAUACUCUAUCUACAUCUAUAUGAUCUACUUUUAAAAUGUUUACCAAUAUUUUAUGUCCUGUUUUGAACAACUUUAUCCCUUUCAGACCUGAACGACACGGGCGUGAGUUGUAACUUUCAAAAAUUCUAAAACCGCGCGCAAUUCAUUUUUACGCACGAAGCUGAAAUAACAUAAUAGUGAGAUUCUAAACCAGCCAAUAAGAAAUCAUUUUAGCGGUUAGGUGGUGCAGUUUUGUCGUGCGUGCCGGCAAGACGGCUUGGCUCCAAAACACGAAAAUAUAUUUAAUCUGAAAGAAAAAAAAUCUUGGGUCUGAAAGGGAUAUACAAUUAGACAGUCAAAUCUAUAUCUGUAUCUAUUAUUUAUUUGGUCAAUCUACAAAAUAUUUUUAAUGGAAUUGAACAAAAUGAUAUUCUGGUUAUGUGGUCUUCUACAUAUAAAAUUGAGAUAUGUAUCUAUGUAUCUGUGUUUAAUUUUACUGGAUUCAUGCAUAUUAAUAGAUAUUAUUGUAAUAUUUU